AGUACCUGCGACACAACGUAGAGGUACUGAGCCCAGAUAAAGCUAUUCUAAAGGAUGCAAAUAAUUAUUACGUUUACAAGAACAGCUGGAUUGAGCAUUUCAACAAAAAUGGCUACUCAGUGUAUGGCAUGGACCUACAGGGACAUGGACAGUCAGAUGGAUGGAGGAAUUUAAAAACAAAUGUGAAAAAAUUUGAUGAUUUGGUUUAUGAUCUGAUACAGUACAUUAAUAGAGUACAUGACAUUAUAUGUCUGACGAGUGGGAAGGAUGCAAAGAGUGGGGAAACGAGUAACAGCGGUUCUGCGGCGUCUCCCAAGUCGGCGGCGUCUCCCAAGUUGGCGGCUUCCCCCACGUCUGCAGCUUCCCCCACAUCCCACGCGCAGAAGAACAGCGCCUCGUGGUCCAUUCACAACAACCUGAAAAACACGAAAACGCCGCCCUUCUACAUCAUGGGCCUCUCCAUGGGGGGAAACAUAGUACUAAGAACGUUAGAAAUUUUAGGGAAAUCAAAAAACCAUAGCACAAAGCUGAAUAUAAGAGGAUGUAUAUGUCUAGCUGGGAUGAUUUCCAUCGAUGAAUUAGCCUCCAAACCCUCAUACAAAUUUUUUUACAUUCCUUGUAGCAAAUUUUUUGCCACUGUCUUUCCAACCCUCCGACUGACGCCAUCAUUGUACUUCAAAAAAUACCCUUACGUUAAUCAGAUUUUUAAUUAUGACAAAAAUCGAAAUAAAAAACCGAUCACGUGCAAGUUAGGAUAUGAACUCCUGAACGCUAUAGAAAAUUUAAAUAAUGACAUGGCUCAUAUUCCAAAGGACAUUCCCAUCCUUUUUGUCCACUCCAGACAUGACAGUGCUUGUUUCUUUGGGGGCGUUGAAACCUUUUUUAAAAAAUGGAUACGAACGUUAAGGAGCUACACGUCCUGGAUGAUAUGGACCACGUCCUCACCAUUGAGCCGGGCAACGAGCGGGUUCUGCAGAAGUAAAACCUGGGCUGCUCCUCAUACGGCUCCGCAUUUUCAGCUUUUCCACAAUGCGUCAUUUUGCGCCUUUAUAUAUU